GUUUCUCCCUUCACUAGCUCAAAGAACUGCUCUUUUGAGAAGCUUGAUCAGACAAGAUACCGUCUUCGAAUGGACCGACAACCACGCGAAAGAGUGGAAAGAACUCUGCGACUACCUUAGCACACAGCCCGUGUUGGCGGUAUUCGAUCCGGCUAAAGCAACAAAAGUGUCGUGUGAUGCAUCCCGAGACGGAAUCGGUGCCGCUUUCUUGCAGUGUCACAACGACACAUGGAAGCCCGUGGCGUACGCGUCACGAGCGCUUACCGAAACACAACAGCGUUAUUCUCAAAUAGAAAAAGAGGCUAUGGCAGUGGUGUUUGGCUGUGAAAGGUUUAAUCACUUCGUCAACGGUCGCCAGUUUAUUGCUGAAACAGACCACCGCCCUUUGAUCGCAAUCUCCCAGAAGGCGAUUGGUGACAUGCCUCCGAGGUUGCAAAGAUUCUUUUUGAGAUUGCUGCGUUAUGACGUUCAAUUAAAAUUUGUUCCAGGUAAGCAGCUCCUCCUGGCUGACAUGUUGUCACGUGCCACAACGAAGACAACAGCCUGCGACCUCGACAGCAACGAUGUAGAAGUACAUGCCGACCACCCCGCUCGAGUGCGGCGCAUCGCCCUCUGAGCUGCUGAUGGGACGACGGCUCCGCACAACUAUUCCUGACGUUCAAGGCAACAUCAGGCACGAGGUGCUCCGGCGUCCUCAGACAGACCACUCUAGGAGACCAUUGGCGCACCUGAGCCCGGGAGAUACAGUCCGGAUAAAGAAAGGAACAUGGGCGACGAAAGCUAAAGUACUCAAGUCUGCUGGUCACCCCAGGUCGUAUACAGUCGUCACAGAAAACUGCACGGUGCUCAGGCGCAACCGGCAGCACCUGCUACUCACGCGGGAGCCCUUUCUACGCAACAACCAGGAAUACGACGACGACGACUUCGAGGUAAAGUCUAGCCAAAGCAACGCGCUGGCACAUCGACGUGCAGAAUGCAUAGCUCCGUCUACGCCCGCACAGCCCAUUGCCUCAACAAGUGUCUCGUCCACACAAGUCCCAAGAAGGUCGCUCAGACAACGUCGAGCGCCUCAACGUCUGGCCUACGACCAGAACUUCGUGCAAGUGCCUUGAACUAGCGUGCCUCGCAACUUUCAUUCAUGUUCUUUUCCCUUUCCUUGUUUUGUUUUCAAACAGAGGAAGAUGUGUCGUAUUUUGGGCGCCGAGCGCUACACGU